AUGGCGUCCACGGACAUGCAGGAGAUGUACACGGGUUAUGACAACUCAGGCUACAUGGGUGUGUAUCCACAAUGGCAAGAGCAGUGGAACUGGGGCACGGAUGCAACCGACUACACAACAGGAGAGCAAUUUUGUGGCAAUGUGGCUUUCUUUGUUCAGUUCCCCGGCAUGGUUGGUGGAGUGCCAAUGGCAAACACAAACACCAACCAGGAGAGUUUGGAGACUUCGCAAACAACUACAUCAAAAGGCAACUUGCAUGAGAUGGAAGCCAAGAUGGCGAAACUCCAAGCCGAAAACCAGAGGCUCAUGCACCUUUAUGAGACCGAGCGCCAGAUGAGGCAGAUCGAGGUGCGCGCUAAGCAGCAAAUCCUAGAGAUGUAUGCUGUACCACGCUCAGAGGUGGAACAAUUGGUUCGACGCUUUCAGGAGGACAGUCCAACUGCCAUGCACUAUGGUGAGACUACCACACCCUUUGUGUCCGUGUCAAAUGCCAGCACCAGGGCAGGAUCGCCUGGAACCACAGGAACCUCAGCCACAUCAUUAGAAACCCUCCUCCAAGAUCUCUACAAGAAGCUUUAUGAGCCCGACGGAGAACGCGAGACUCAGGAGGAGUCUGGCACCAGAGAUGAAGUUGGCAAGGGGUCUUCCAUGGUCAAAACCGAAGAAGAGGAACAGGAAGAGCUCAAGCAGCAGCUGUCCCAGUUGCAGAACAUGGUAGAGAUGGAGGUUGAUGAGCGUGCUAGGGCAAGUUUGUUGAGGAUGUCACCACAACAGGGAAAGAUCGCUCUGCGCAAGGUAGAAGACAUCAUCCAGGAGCAGGGAGGCUUUUGCCACAACCUGUCAUCAAUGGUACAAUCCAUUUGCCGCAAGAUGGGAUACAUUUCGAGACAAUGA